CGGGAUGGGGGAUGGGAGGUAAGGAGAGGGCGGCGGGCCCGGGCUGCAGAGAGCGCCAAGGCAGUUUCGAUGAAACUGACCCGCAUGUACCUAUCGCCCAGAUUCAGCGAUUACCAGCUCAUGGCCUGGGCCACUGCUUGUCUGUCCUCAUUCACUUCCCUCCACUGCUGGGUCAUUUUGAAGCAAAUUAUAUACACAUUAGAUCAUUGCAUUUGUAAGUACUUCAGUAUUUAUCUCUCAAAGAAAGUCCAUUUGCAGGAGCAUUGACUCAUGCCUGUAAUCCCAGCCCUUUGGGAGGCUGAGGUGGGAGGACAGCUUGAGCUCAGGAGUCCAAGGCUGCAGUGAGCUAUGAUUGUAUGUCUCAAAAAAAAAAAAAAAAAGAAAAGAAAAGAAAAAGUCUAGUCUUCAUAAACACUCUUGUUAACCCAACAUCCAGGCCUUCACUGAGUUGAUGCAGUGGCCUGAGGCGGUUUACCUGGUGGAUAGUGGGUGGCAGGAAGCAUCAGACAUCAGACAGAGGGCAGUCGGUUUGUUUGUAUUAACAUUUGCUCUGGGAUUUUGCAGGAAACUCAGAUGCCAUUUAUCUGGGUUUCUGAGCUGCACAGCUUGACACUGAAUGCAAGUAUCUUAAGCCACAUAUGUGAAGAAAAGGCUCUUUUCUAAAAAUCUGAACUCGAAUUCAGUAUGAAAAGAACAGGUCGCAGUGGGCCCUGUCGGGAUCCCAGGGAGCCGCAAUUCAGGGCUCCCUGAAUGAUUCAUCUCUGCAGCCCACACCGACAGACCAGGCUUGCUCUUAGCUUGUGAAAAAUGAGUACCCUGUCUAGGCUAUCCUGAGCUAACCCUCCUAUUCUUGCCCUUUUUGCUGAAAGGAAUUAUUGUUAAUACAGCUAUUUAAUUCAGCACGCUCAUCCAGACUUCUGAAGCAAAAAGCCAAUCAGCAUGAAGCUGCUAGCAUAUUGGUUUUGUGAAGUAAGUGUUAAAUUAUAAUAAUUACCCCCACUGUGCUCUCCAGCGUCACUGUCUGACCACCCUGUCCCAGGGGGAGGAGGCCCCUCUCAGGCCAAGGGAGUCUGGCACAGUGAUGCUGGCUCCUGGUUGCCCAGGCACAGUGACCAGCCAGACUUCACAGAGGCCUCGGGGCUUACCAUAAAUAAAUCACGGCUUUGUGCAAGCUGAGCCAAUGCAGUUCUUCCAACUGGCUGCUCCUCUCCAAGAACAAUCGGGACUUGGGUGGGCAAACAGGAAGUCUCUCAUCACAGUGGUUCUCAGAUUCCCACCACUGUGUGGGUGCCUGAGGCCUGAGCAAACCCAGCUCAUGUGGCAACUUCCUCCCCCAGCUGGACAGGAAGACCUAGGUCCACCAGGCCUUCUUUCAUUUCUCACACUUUGCCCCCAGCACAACUUUCUACGAGCAUGGAUUCUGUACUCUUCAUCCCCAGACACAUGGGAGAACAAGGUCUGCUACAAGACCUUUUAUUUUUUUUUUGAGAUGGGGUCUCAGGUCUCAUUCUGUUACCUAGGCUGGAGUGAAGUGGUGUGAUCUUGGCUCACUGCAACCUCCACCUCCAGGGCUCAAACGAUUCUCCCACCUCAACCUCCCAAGUAGAUGACCACUUUUUAAGAAGAUGUUAAAGAUGAGAGCUUAGGGCUGGGCGUGGGGCUCACGUGCUCCCAGCGCUUUGGGAGGCCGAGGCAGGAGGAUCACUUGAGGCCAGGAGUUUGAGACCACUCUGGGCAAUAAAGCAAGAUCCCGUCUCUUUUAAAAACUUUAAAAAAAAAGCUGGGUAUGGUGUCUCACACCUGUAGUCCCGGCUUCUCAGGAGGCUGAGGUGGGAGGAUUGCUUGAGCCCAGGAGGUCGAGGCUGCAGUGAGUUGUGAUCACAGCCUAGGCGACAGAAGGAGACCCUGUCUCCAAAAAAAAAAAAAAAAGAAGCACCUGUUUAUGACAAACUCAGCUUUCUGGGUGACAUAGAUGGUUGUAUGUAGGUAACAGGGUGGUUUCGCGGAUGGCAGAUUCAUUUUAGAAAUUGUAAAAUGGCAAGCAGUUUUCAGAACAAGAGAUUAGUUAGAAAAGGAAAGUGGCAACUGUUUUCUGCAGGGCCUGUCGGGAAGCCUCUGGUUUCUUUUCAUCCGUGAGGACUGGGGGAGGAGGCCUCUUCAGGAAGAGCAGUUUAUUUUUGUGAAAGGAAUACUUCCUGAUUUCAAACAUUUGGAACUAAACUGGAACAUAUUUUUCUUUCCGAUUUCUGCGUUUUUGAGGUGUGUGUAAACCCACCAGCGCAGCAGCUGGGAGGGCCCUUCAAAGGUGGGCGGGUGGGGUGAGUGAGGCCCAGGGGAUAGAGUCUUUGCCCAGAUGUGAAUCUCAUUUGGGUAAUGUUUCAGAGCCUUGGGUGGCUGAUUGAUCAUUCAUUCAAUGGUCCUUCAUCAGCACAUCUUUACUGAGCACGUGCUGUGUGCUGUUCUAGGCGCUGAAGGAUAGAAGUGAACGGUUCCCCCUCAUGGAGCUUAGGUUCCAGCAAUAAGCAAAACAUGUCCUGCAGCGAAAGGCUUCUGGGCUGCAGGCGACAUUUUCCCAACUUUCACAACCGGGUUCCUUCCGGACGCCCGUCUCUAGGGACGCACUCCCGCCUUUGGCAGGGCUGCUGCCCGGCGGAGUCUCGCGAGGAUCUUGUGACUUAUCGCGGCAUCGCCCAGCGGUUGCCGGGAAACGGCGUGGCUUCCGGGGGCGGGCGCACUGCUCCCGGAGUCGCCGCUGGGCCUGUCCGCUGGCGUCAUGGCACCCAAAAAGAAAGGGAAGAAAGGCAAAGCCAAAGGCACCCCGAUUGUCGAUGGGCUCGCUCCAGAGGACAUGAGCAAGGAGCAGGUGAGCAGAGCGGGCUGUGGCCCAGUCCCCGGGUGGGCGUGGGCGGGCACCACGCAGGGUGCCUGCGCCGUGUGUCCAUCUUGCCAUGUGGAUCCACCCUUCUGUCCAAGCCAGAACACGCCCCCCGCGUGGCCCAUAAUUCCCAUCAGCGGCAAAGCUUUCGGCUGCACCAUGUCUUUUCAGAAAGGUAGUGCAGCCUGUGAAAGAGCUUUGUAACAGGGUGGUAGGGAUGUGGAAGGACAUGUUUUUCUGAUCUAAAAGUGUUUUUAAUUUCGUGUAUUCUCUUUCAAUCUUACCCUUUUUUUGCACCUGAUGUGUAUAGACUUAUCGUAGAACACGUAUGUAGCAUUCUCCUUUAUUUUAUUUACCAUUAAACAUUAUGUCAAAAAGGAAGUUUUUAAAAGAAGGAUGAUUUACUUCAAAUCACAUCUGAAUCUGAUUAAUCAUUCAUUGUUUUGUUUUGUUUUUUUUUUGAGACGGAGUCUCACUCUGUCGCCCAGUCUGGAGUGCAGUGGCGCGAUCUCGGCUCACUGCAAGCUCCGCCUCCCGGGUUCACACCAUUCUCCUGCCUCAGCCUCCCUAGUAGCUGGGACUACAGGCACCUGCCACUACGCCCGGCUAAUUUUUUUUUUUGUAUUUUUAGUAGAGACGGGGUUUCACCGUGUUAGCCAGGAUGGUCUCGAUCUCCUGACCUCGUGAUCCGCUCGCCUCGGCCUCCCGAAGUGCUGGGAUUACAGGCAUGAGCCACCACGCGUGGCCAAUCAUUCAUUGUUUUUGAUAAAAGUCCCAACAAGGAGUAACAGCAUCAGGGCUGCCUUUUUCUUGUUGCUUAUUUUGGGGAGGAGGUGAUGUUUUUAUAGUUUCUUUGUAGGAGUUAGUUUAAGUCUCUUCUUCAUUUGGAUGUAGUUAAGGGCUACAGAACAUAAUUACAUAAUUACAGUUUUACCUAAAAGGGUCCUGGAGACGGCAGUGUGUGGCAAGCACGGUGCACCCUCUGGCCUCUGCCCUCAUGGACGACUGCCUGUGAGCACCUGACAUGGGACAUGAGGGCUGUGUCAACUCUGUGUUAUUGUUAAUAAAUCUUACCUUCUUUUGAUAGUUGUAAGAUAAAAAAUCAAUACGAAGGAGACUGAAAGAGUCACAUGACCUGAAGGUGGAGCUAGGCAGAGGUCCUUGAACAAUGGUAAAGAGUGGCUUUAUUUUACAUGCAGGCAAACCACUGGCAGUUUAAGCCAGUGGCUAAGCAGAGAGGUGAUGGGGUCAGGUUUGUGUUCUGGAAAGAUGUCUGGAGCUGCUGGGUGGAGAAUGGAUUGAACACUGCGUUGUCCCCGCAUGUGAGCUGCUGCCCGUCUCCCUGUGCGCUUCCCAUUCCUGUGGAGACAGGCCUUGUGGGGCAGUGGCCAUGGAGCCUGCGGGGCAGGCUACGGGGCAGCCUGCGGGGCAGGCUACGGGGCAGGCCCUUGCACUGCACAUCGCACGUUGAGCCACAGACUCAGAAGGCUUCUUCAGGGUCCAGGCAGGUGGGGAGGGACGGGGGUGACCUGGAGACUCCUGCCCCGCAGCAGAGGACAGUUUCAUCCGUUCACUGGGGAGUGCCCUGUGGGCCUAGGAGUUCAGUGCUGUUUUUUCUGAUUUUCCAAGAGAAGCUGGAAAUCUGGAUAUUUAUAAGAAAUCUGAAUAUUGAGUGAUGGCAAAAUCUCAACACCAUGUCAGCCAAACAGACCAGUCAGGAGCCCUGGUUCAGGCUCUGCCCAGGAGCCACUAAAGGUCUGUGACGUGAAGACAUUUGUCGUUGUGCCGAGGCACUGGUUGGAUUCGGGGGUGCGUGUCUCCCUCAUGUCCGCCCGGCAUCCUCGGCUCAGAACCCCUCCUGCUGCUGCUCCUUGAUGGCUCGUUGUCUUGUCUUCUUUUGAGCUGUUUAUUUUUAGGUGAAGUUGAGUCCUCCCUCUUUCUUCCUUGCCUUUCUCCGGCCACACGCCCCGUUGCCGUGCAUGGGCCCCUGCUCAGUGCCUCACCUGACCCACUGCACCUGGCCAGGUGGAGGAGCAUGUCAGCCGCAUCCGGGAGGAGCUGGACCGCGAGCGGGAGGAACGAAACUACUUCCAGCUGGAGCGGGACAAGAUCCACACCUUCUGGGAGAUCACACGGAGGCAGCUGGAGGAGAAGAAGGCUGAGCUGCGGAACAAAGACCGGGAGAUGGAAGAAGCCGAGGAGAGGCACCAGGUGGAGAUCAAGGUGUACAAGCAGAAAGUGAAGCACCUGCUAUAUGAGCACCAGAACAACCUGACAGAGAUGAAGGCUGAGGGCACCGUAGUCAUGAAGCUGGCACAGAAAGAGCACCGCACACAGGAGGGUGUGCUGCGCAAGGACAUGCGGGCACUGAAGGUGGAGCUCAAGGAGCAGGAGCUGGCCAAUGAGGUGGUGGUGAAGAACCUGCGGCUGAAACACACCGAGGAGAUCACCAGGAUGCGGAAUGAUUUUGAGAGGCAAGUUCGAGAAAUUGAGGCCAAGUAUGAUAAGAAGAUGAAGAUGCUGAGGGACGAGCUCGACUUGCGGAGAAAGACUGAGCUCCACGAAGUGGAGGAGAGGAAGAACGGCCAGAUCCACACGCUGAUGCAGCGCCACGAGGAGGCCUUCACCGACAUUAAGAACUACUACAAGGACAUCACCCUCAACAACCUGGCCCUCAUCAACUCCCUCAAGGAGCAGAUGGAGGACAUGCGGAAGAAGGAGGGCCACCUGGAGAGGGAGAUGGCAGAGGUGUCUGUGCAGAACAAGCGCCUGGCAGACCCUCUCCAGAAGGCUCGGGAGGAGAUGAGCGAGAUGCAGAAACAGCUCGCAAACUACGAGAGGGACAAGCAGAUCCUGCUUUGCACAAAAGCCCGUUUGAAAGUCACGGAGAAAGAGCUGAAAGACCUGCAGUGGGAGCAUGAAGUGUUAGAGCAGCGAUUCACCAAGGUGCAGCAGGAGCGGGACGAGCUCUACCGGAAGUUCACUGCAGCCAUCCAGGAGGUGCAGCAGAAGACAGGGUUCAAGAACCUCGUGCUAGAACGCAAGCUGCAGGCUCUGAGCGCCGCUGUGGAGAAGAAGGAGGUGCAGUUCAACGAGGUCCUGGCUGCCUCUAACCUGGACCCUGCAGCCCUGACGCUGGUGUCCCGCGAGCUGGAGGAUGUUCUUGAGUCGAAGAACAGCACCAUCAAGGACCUGCAGUAUGAGCUGGCCCAGGUCUGUAAGGCCCAUAACGACCUGCUGCGCACGUAUGAGGCAAAGCUGCUGGCCUUCGGGAUCCCUCUGGACAACGUGGGCUUCAAGCCCUUGGAAACAGCUGUGAUCGGACAGACGCUGGGCCAGGGCCCCGCGGGACUGGUGGGCACCCCGACGUAGCUGCCCCCCUGGGGGGCCACAGCCCAGAGAGCCAGCCUAGGAACACUCUUGGGAUGACACCCCUUAUCACACCAAGGACAGCAAGUUUUUUAGAUUUUAUCAUCAGCAAAUGAAACCUUUUCACAUGUUCUUGCCAUCCUCUUUCCUGGCUCUGUGGAGGAGAACCACCUGCAGGACCCUCACCCAUGGCAUCCCUGUCGCUCCCUUCCCUGGGUGCAGCACGUCCAGCCUGUGUCCAGGCCUACUCCCUGGUCUCACCUCCAACCACAGUCGGCAGCACCUUCUCAGAGUGCCCCGCACUCACCUGGGGGUUGGGGCAGUGCCGCGCUGUGCUGCCUGUCUUCGCGCCACUGUUGUCCCAUCGAAUGGACAGCUUUGCAGAUGCUGGCACUACCUUCAUUGACACCUGAGUCACAGCUGCCCAGUGGGAUUCUCCAGGGGGCCAGCACUUCCCUAGGAAGUGGUGAGCCAAUGCUCCCUGAUGAGCACAAAGCCCGCUAUGUUGAGGGCUGGGUGGGUGCAGCCAGCGUGCGGGAAAGGGCAGGCAGCCUCCCGCUGCCAGUCUUCGCUCUAACUCCCUCGGUAGGUGAUGUAGGACCAGGGGCUCUGCAGCAGGGGCACGUGGAACUUCUGGGCCUUGCUGGUGAUGGUGAAAACAACCUGAGAUGGAGAGGCCAGGAGAGAGUAUAAGGGGAUAGCAGCAAACCACCUAUCUGGCCCCAACACACCUGAGAGAAUUCAGCAGUCCAGACUGAGGGUCUGGGAUGGGGUGAACCUUCCGCACCAGAGGGACACUCCACAGAAGCCACAGCCCAGUAAGUCAGGCGCUUCUGCGGCGGCUCCAGUGUGGGGUGAGGCAGUGAGGUUAGGCCCAGAGAGCUGGAGUUGGCUCAGAUGAAAACCUCUGUCAACAAAGAGGGGAUGAAUCACCCUUGGCCCAGCCUCCCCACAAAGCCUGACCCUGGGCAGGUGAGUGACGGGUGUGUCCUCAUAGAGUCUAUUGCUGCCUGGACACCUUUCUUUUGGGAGCUCAAAGCAAGUGAGCUCACCUACCUGCCACCGCCCAGGACCAGUCUGCCCACUGCCUAAAUGAUGCCCGGCCAGCAGGAGCUGGCCUGCAGAUCCCAGUGAGUCAUGAGCCUCAGCCCCCUCCAGCCCACUGGGGCUCUCAUCUCCACGUGUGGGUAGAAGCUUUCCUGCCCCCUCUUCCUCCAGUAGCCCUCAGUGUCCAAGGUGAGCUUGUAGGUGCCUGCCUUCAUCUGGUCCGGCGUCAGGAGUCCAGGACAGCGGCCAUCUGGGUCUGUGUAGCUGGGGAGAGGAUGAGGCUGCAGAGAUGGGGACCAGAAGCCCCCCACCCCAGCUUUCCUGGGUCUGCAUCCCAGUGGGCCUCAGACACUGCCCUGCCACCUGUCAGACUUGGGUGAGCAGACACAGUGGGGCUGUUAGGUCCUGCAGUUCCAGAGCAGUCUAGGGACACCACUGCCUUGUCUUUAGGAAAUCACAACACAGAAAAGCAAAAAGGGAAAAAGUCUCCCACAAUUUAUCCCAUGAGCAAUAACCACUUUAUAGCUGGCAUAUAUUUUUCCAGAUUUUCUCUAUGCAUAAGUCUAUUUGUUUAAAAACUUAACUCAUAAAGUGGAUUAUACUAUU